AUGAGUUGGUUCAAUAAGCCGGAUCCGAAAGACCAAAUGCGUGAGAAUAACAAGAAUAUACGGAGAGCCAAUCGUGAGCUGGAAAGCGAUCGAAGAGCCCUCGAGCGUCGGGAAAAAGAGCUGGAGAAUGAAAUCAAAAAACUAGCAAAACAAGGCCAAAAAGAUGCUUGUGCUGUACUAGCGAAACAGCUCGUCCAACUGCGCAAACAGAAGACAAAAAGUAUUGGUAUGAGCUCGAAGCUCACUGGAAUCGGAGCUCAGAACAAUCAAAUGUACAGUAUGAACAAAAUGUCACAAGUAAUGGGUCAAACUGUUGGUACUAUGAAAACGAUGGAAAAGUUGAUGCCUAUGGAGCGAGUUGCAAAGAAUAUGAAGGAAUUCCAAAUGGCGCAAGAGCGGCUUGGCUUAUCAGAAGAGAUGAUGAACGAUGCUCUGGACAGCAUUCUCGACGAGCCGGGCGAUGAAGAAGAACAAAACGCCAUUGUGAACCAAGUUUUGGACGAGAUAGGCAUCGAAUGCCAAAGCAAGGAUUUUUCUUGGACUGUUCAAUCAUUUCAGCUGGCCGCUGUGCCGAAAGUGCCUACAUCCGUUGGCACGGCUUCCAAACCGAUGUCUGAUAAAGAUAUAGAGAGUAUGUUAGCCCAGCUCCGGGAAUGA